AUGGAGCCCUUCCUGCAAAAGAAGCAGACGUGCACCCCACAACAGGCGCAUGUCCUCACUGAGUCAGUAUUGCAGAUGCUGAUCUAUGAUAUGAGACCGCUCUCCAUGGUCGAUGGUGCUGGGUUUCAACAAAUGAUAGCCCAGUUCAAUCCAGACUACAUCCUGCCAUCCAGAACCCAUUUCACCCACUUGAUGGAGCAGAAAUACAGUACAACGUUUCUGAAGGUAAAGCAGAUCCUAAAAGAGGUAAACAGCUACAUCACACUGACAUGUGAUGUUUGGACCAGCCGUGCCACAGAGGCAUAUCUUGGAGUUUCGUGUCAUUUCAUCACCAAAGACUGGCAAAUGAAGACUUUGAACCUUGCCACUCUACCCCUGGAGGAGAGGCAUACUGCUGCGAACAUCAUGAUAUGGAUGGAAGAGGUGAUAGAGAAAUUUGACAUCUUGCCUAGCAAAAUGAAAGCAAUAGUACAUGAUAACGGGUCUAACACGGGGGCGGCAGCUCGACUCCUGGAAGAAAAACACAGUUGGUCUUCAGUCCGCUGUGCUGGCCACACCCUCCAACUUAUCGUCAACAGUGCCCUCAAAGAGCCCAGCAUCAACAAAGCUACUGGUGCUGCAAGAAACCUAGUUGAGCACUUUAGGAGAAGUGAGCUGGCAAAUUCAAAACUGAAGAAGAAGCAGCAGCAAAUGAACACUACAGAGCACAAGCUGAUCCAGGAUGUCAGUACGCGAUGGAAUAGCACCUAUUACAUGGUAGCAAGACUCCUGGAGCAGCGCUGGCCAGUCACUGCAACUCUCUCGGACCCUGAGGUAACACCAAGAGGCAAGCACUACUUAGACCUGAAACCAGAGCAGUGGGUACUACUUGAAGAGCUGGUGCAAGGGCUAGGGCCUUUUGAAUGUGCUACUGUUUUCCUCAGUGGGCAGGAGUAUGCUACUGCUUCAUGUCUUCCACAGCUGGUCAAAGGGCUGCAACGGUCCAUACAGCAAACCCAGUUUGAGACAAGCUCAGGAAAAGCCUUUCAAGCCAUUGCAGGAAAAGGAAUCAGUGAGAGAUGGGAGAAUCUUAACACUGUGACUGCAGAGAGAGACAACCCACUUGUUCUUGCAGCUGCCAUCAACCCAAGAUUCAGAAAGCUGAAGUUUAUCUCACCUGAAGAUGGCACAAGGGUGCAAAGUACAGUUGAAGUUCUUGCUAUCAAAGAAGCUAAGGCCAAGACUGGACUACUUAAUGGCACUGAGGUGCUACAGCAGAAGAAGAGGGGUCAUAUCUCAGGGGCAAAGUCAGCGCUGGAUAACCUGUUUCAGUCUGACACUGACAGUCUGAGUGAGGAAGAGGAGGAAACCCAGGAGGUCAAAAAAAUCCAAAUGGUGAGGAGGGAAGUUCAUAUGUUCUUCACAGAGCCACCAAUAGCCAAAAAAGAAGACCCUCUCAGCUGGUGGAGCGAAAAUGAGGGGCGUUUUCCCACACUGUCAAACCUAGCAAGAUCUCUUCUGUGCAUUCCUGCAACAUCCACCCCUGCAGAGCGAAUUUUCUCAGCAGCAGGAAAUAUCUGCUCCCAGAAGAGAGCAAGUCUCACACGAGACCAUGUGGAUAUGCUGACUUUUCUUAAUAUGAAUAAACUGAACGACAUAGCCUGA